AUGGGGAGCUUGGAAGCCCUGCGGCUGGUGAACGGCCCGCACCGCUGCACUGGGAGGGUGGAGGUCUUUCACAACCAGCAGUGGGGGACCAUCUGCGAUGACGGCUGGGACCUGAAAGACGCAGCUGUGGUGUGCCAGCAGUUGGGCUGUGGGAUGGCUGUGUCAGCUCCAGGUUUAUCUGUGUUUGGGCAAGGAUUUGGCCCCAUCUGGCUACAUGGGGUGAGUUGCUUUGGGACAGAAGCCACCCUCGCUGAAUGCCCAGUCAAGCCUUGGUCAGACCAUGCAUGUAACCACAUGGAAGGUGCCAGUGUUGUCUGCUCAGGCUCAGGGAUUGCCAGCAUCCCCAGGCUUCGCCUGGUGGGUGGUUUGAACAAGUGUGCUGGGAGGGUUUUAUAUGUUUAUAUGUUUUAUAACUAUGAGUUGGGGACAGUCUGUGAUGACAGCUGGGACCUGGGAGACGCGGCGGUGGUCUGCCGGCAGCUGGGCAGUGGGGAGGCCCUCUCAGUCCCCACCUCAGCUCAGUUUGGGUGGGGAGCCGGCCCCAUCUGGCUGGAUGAUGUGGGCUGCACAGGACAGGAAACUGAGUUCUCCGAGUGCCAAGCCAAGAUGUGGGGCACCCACAGCUGCCACCGUGGGGGGGUCGCUGGCGUGGUGUGCACAGCCAACUCCAGCUCAGGCAGCCUGCGGCUGGUGGACGGGCCACACCGCUGCGCCGGGAGGGUGGAGGUGCUCAACGCUGGGCAGUGGGGGACAGUCUGUGACGAUGGCUGGGACAUGGACGAUGCGGCGGUGGUGUGCAGGCAGCUGGGCUGUGGCAGAGCUCAGGCAGCCCCUGGCCGGGCUCACUUUAAGCAGGGGAUGGGGAGCAUCUGGUUGGAUGAUGUGGCCUGCAUUGGGAGUGAGGAUGCCCUUGCCAAGUGCCGAGCCCGUCCCUGGGGGAAUAAUAACUGCAACCAUGGAGAAGAUGCCGGCGUGGUGUGCUCAGGUGCUGGCACAACCAACACAUCGACUGUCCGGCUUGUGGACGGCCCACAUGGCUGCUCUGGGAGGGUGGAGGUCUUUCACAACGAGAAAUGGGGGACGGUCUACCUGGCCAGGGCAGAGGUCCACCUGGCAGAAGGACCAAACCACUGCGGAGGGAGGGUGGAGGUGUUCCACGCUGGGCAGUGGGGGACGGUCUGCGACGAUGGCUGGGACCUGAACGACGCGGAGGUGGUGUGCAGGCAGGUGGGCUGGCGGGCAGCGGGCUGCGGCAGGGCCGUGGCAGCCCCUGGCCGGGCUCACUUCGGGCAGGGGUCGGGGCACAUCUGGCUGGAUGACAUGAGCUGCACCGGGAGCGAGGACAACCUCGCUCAGUGCCGAGCCCGUCCCUGGGGAAGGAGUAACUGCCACCACGGAGAAGAUGCCGGCGUGGUGUGCUCUGAUGCCAGCAUCACAGAGGAGGCACAGGUCCGCUUGGCCAACGGCCCGAACCGCUGUGCAGGGAGAGUGGAGGUGUUUCACGAACAGCGGUGGGGGACCAUCUGCGACGACAACUGGGAUUUGAAGGAGGCCAAGGUGGUCUGCCGGCAGCUGGGCUGUGGGACAGCUGUGUCAGCCCCGGGCCAAGCUCACUUUGGGCAAGGGUUGAACCCCAUCUGGCUGGAUGAGGUGGAGUGCACCGGCAUGGAGGCCACCUUCUCCCAGUGCAGCCUUAGCAGCUGGGGACUCCAUAACUGCAACCACGAGGAAGAUGCAGGAGUCGUGUGCUCAGGCACAAGCCCCUUGCAGGUACGGGUGCAGGAUGGUCCCGGUCCCUGCGCGGGGCGGGUGGAGGUGCUCUACAACGCUACCUGGUAUGGGGUGUGCAGCAGCGGCUGGAGCCUGCUGGAAGCCGGGGUGGUCUGCAGGCAGCUGGGCUGCGGGCCAGCCCAGUCGGCGCCCGUCGGAGCCCCGUUCGGCCAGCGGGACGGCCAUGCCUUGCUGGCGGGGCUGCGCGGUGCUUCACCAUCCUGCUCGGCGCUGAUAGCGCUGCUGGCCCUGGUGAUGCUGCUGAGCGGGGUUCUGCUGUGGCUCAACCUGAAGAGGAGGUACAUGGCAGCAACCCAGACUAGAGCGCGCUGGCACCCCAGGGACCAGAGCACUUCAGCGAUGUCCUUCCAGCCCGUGGGGGCCAUCUACCUCCCCACCACGGCAGAAGCCCCUGAGGACGCCGAGACGACGCAGCUCACGAAGGAAGACGCUGCCCCGUGA